AUGGUUCUUCACCAAAGAUCUUCCUCUAUUAAAUCAGACGAGAACUCUGCCCCGGAGAGGCCAGCUGUGGGCACGAUCUCAACUUUUGCUGAGGUUGGUCCGGAUGGCCCUGAGUCUCCUCAGGGGUAUACCCACCCGGCCUUCUACCGCACCGGUCCGGUUAAGAUCGAGAAGCAGCUACACCUUCUCACCCUUGAUGCUGUCAAGCAAUGGCAGAACGAAGUUAAAACGCCAACUUCACCGUUGACUGGUCGUCCUAAUGAUAAUGAAUCUUUCUGGCCUCCAGAGCUUGUCAAUAAACAUCACUCUCCAUCUGCUGAGAAACAUCCUCGUGGAUUUUUUAGCAACAGGGAUACUUUCACUGAACCAUCGGUCUCAGGGUCUCCAAACUCUCUUCAAAAUCCUACCUUGGAACUCCAGGUCCCUAAAAUCCCUACCGUCCAAGUCACUAGUGGCGAGGGUCUCGGAGAGCCGGUCAAACCACUUGGGCCUCCACCAAAGGUAACCCGCAAAAGAUCUCAACGAAUGUGGAAUUUCACCAAUAUUGACGAACAGGAGGAACGUACUGUGGUUCCGGACAAGAUUCUCUAUCAUCGUGAGAUUGAACUCUGGCGUUCUGAUGUCAUCAGGAACGGUGCUUCAAUGGUCGGCAUUCAAGAUGGCCUUACUAUCUUCUGUCGCAAGAUGGGAGAGCCAAAGCCUACCGCUCUCAUUUUGAACACUUUCGGCGCCUUCCUUGAUAAGUCCAUCGCACAGUUGGUCGAAGUCAAGGAGUUCUUCGAGGAGCACCGCCAUCAUCUUUCUGAGCGCGAGAACACCCUUCUUCGUGGCCAACUCACCAGUUACAAGCGCAUCUUGGACCAACAAGACGCUCGUAUCCGCGAGUUGGAAAAAAAGCUCAAUCACAAGCUUGAUCUUGAAGACGAGGAUUGA